AUGUGCUUCUCCGAUUCGAGAUUUGCAUACGGCCCCUUUGUGCCACACUACGUCGCCCGGCAAUAUGUCGAGAAUUACUUUGCCAUCCACCAGACAGAUUCCUUCCUAGAGCUUAACACGACUGUGGAGGAUCUUUCGAGCGUGUCAUUGCCAGCGCCCAGCGGCGCCAGAGGUUGGAAGUUGACGCUCCGGAAACACGACGCCACCAGAAACCUCGACGUGUGGCGCGAAGAGUUCUACGACGCCGUGGUAUUAGCCAACGGGCACUACUCGGUUCCCUAUGUACCGCAAGUCCCCGGCCUCGAGGCAUACAUGGCCAAGUUUCCCGGGCGAGUCUCCCACUCCAAGUUCUACCGCUCGCCCCUACUCUACGAACACAAACGAGUCAUUGUCGUUGGCAACUCCGCCUCCGGCCACGACGUCGCCGCCGACUUGGUCUCUGCCGCCCAACACCCCGUCCAUGUAUCCCGGCGCUCCAAGUCCAAGUGGGACGGCGACGAGCCGCCGCCCGGAAUAUCGUGGAAGCCUACCAUUAGAGAAUUCCAACCAGACGGCAGAGUCGUAUUCGCCGACGACACAUACCUGGAUAAUGUCGACGCGGUGAUCUACUGCACCGGCUACAAGGCUUCGUUUCCAUUCUGGAAUGAAGAGGUCAACAAGCAGCCCUUGUGGGACUAUAAAGCCGAUAGGCUGGUCAAGAGCUACCGGCACACCUUCUUCCGGGACUAUCCUAACCUCGGGAUCGUGGGACUUCCGAGGACGUUGACGUUCAGAAGCUUUGAGUACCAGGCCAUUGCGCUUGCGCGGCUGUGGUCCAACAGAAACUCGAUGCCGCUGCCGUCGCGGGAGGAACAAGAGGCGUGGGAAGUGCAGCAGGCGGAGAAGACGAGGGCCCGGGGUGCAAAGUUUCACGAUGUUCCGUGGGAAAAUGGCGAGACGGCCGAGUACUUGGGGUACUUGUUUGAUAUUGCGGGCCUGGGGACCUUGAGUGGCGAGGGUAGAAUACCGCCUGCCCUGGGGAGGGACUUGGUUUGGGCUAUAGAUAAUAUACACAAGUAUCCGGAGCAUUCGGCGCGGGAUAAGAAGGGAGUUGGAGGAGAUUGUAUAGAGGAAGGUUGGGUUUUGGUGGCAAAUGGGCGCAGGAGUCACUUGGGCUUUAUUUAG